AUAAGAAGUCUGUGUCUUUGCCAAACUGGUAAACUCUGCUGCCAUAUAAAAAACCCAAAGUCCGGGAUCUGUUGUUGGCCCCACCAGACUCCUGUCCGGCAGCUGCACCUCUCUCCUAACUCCCCUGUCGCCUUCUUAUUCUCAACCCUGCCGCAGAAAUGGCCACAGCUGGGAAGGUCAUCAAGUGCAAAGCAGCAGUGGCGUGGGAGCCAAACAAGCCUCUGGUGAUUGAAGAGAUUGAGGUGGCCCCGCCUCAGGCCAACGAGGUCCGCAUCAAGAUUGUGGCGACUUCAGUGUGCCAUACAGACCUGUACCACCUUUUGGAGAGUAUGCAUCCAGAUGGCUUCCCAACAGUCCUCGGCCAUGAGGCGGCUGGGAUUGUAGAGAGCGUUGGACCCGGAGUUACUGAAUAUCAGCCAGGAGACAAAGUUAUCCCUCUGUUCAUCGCCCAGUGUAGAGAAUGUCGCUUCUGUAAAGACCAAAGGACCAACCAGUGUGAGCAAGCAUGGAGGGCCACUGAUCGUCCCGGUGUGAUGGCACCACCAGAGUCCAGGAUGACGUGUAAGGGCAAGACGCUGCUACAGUUUGUAGGGACCAGUACCUUCUCUGAGUACACUGUGGUUAACGUGAUGUGUGUAGCUAAGAUUGACCCCGCUGCGCCUCUGGACAAAGUCUUUCUUAUUGGGUGUGGUGUCUCCACAGGAUACGGAGCAGCAGUCAAUACUGCCAAGGUGGAACCUGGCUCCACAUGUGCUGUGUUUGGCAUGGGAGGUGUGGGUUUGGCUGCAGUCAUGGGCUGCAAAAAUGCAGGAGCCAAGAGGAUUAUUGCUGUUGACAUCAAUCCGGACAAGUUUGAGAAGGCCAGAGUGUUUGGUGCAACCGACUUUGUGAACCCCAAGGAUCAUGAUAAACCCAUCAGCCAAGUGCUAGCUGAGAUGACCAAUGGAGGAGUGGACUUUUCCCUAGAAUGCACUGGGAAUGUGGAAGUCAUGCGCAGUGCCUUGGAGUCUUGUAUACCAGGUUGGGGUGUCAGCGUGGUAGUUGGCUGGACAGACCUGCAUGACAUUUCUACCCGACCGGGUCAGCUCAUCGCUGGACGCAAAUGGACGGGCUCUGCAUUCGGAGGCUUUAAGGGUAGAGAUGCAGUACCUGGGAUGGUCAAAGCCUACCUGGACAAGAAGGUGAAGCUGGAUGAGUUCAUCACUCACAAACUGACUUUAGAACAGGUCAAUGAUGCCAUUGAAAUGAUGAAGACUGGCAAAUGCAUCCGGACAGUCCUGAAUGUUUCUCCAGAAUAAGACCAACGUGAUGCCUUUGUUUACCCGAAAAUAAAUAACAGAUUUACCAAAUUAUAUGCAAUGUACAUAGCCUUGAACAGUCAACUUUUUUUUUUGUUUUACACAACAGCUGCAUCCUUGUUUGGGUUUUCUUGUAUAAAUUGUACAAAUGUAUCAUUUAAAUUGUUUCACUAUAUGGAUAAUUGUCCAAAAUGGGACUUCCAGUUAAAUAUAAGACGUUGGCUUUCCUUGGAAACUAUUUGAUUGCUCUAUGUUGAUACCAGUAACUCUUCACUUCCUUCGCAAGAAUAAAGUUUCCUCUGAUAAGAA